GCAUAAUCUGGCAGAGCACCGGUUAUUGUCAGAACACUGGCCCUACUAGUACCGAAAACAAACGCACCCGGGUGCUGAGAGGCGGACCACGCCCACUCCGUGCCCCAGCAGCUCUGACAACGGUUCAAUCGCCAAAGACAAAUGAGCCGCUGGAUCACGUGUGUUUGACGAGAGGUUGUCAUGGCCGCUGGACCAGCCCCGACUGCGGGACCCGGGAACUCUCAGUUCCUAUCCAAAGUGGUACUGAGCGUCUCCUGUAACAAUCUCAUGGACAUGGACGUGUUCUCAAAGUCCGAUCCGUUAUGUGUGAUCCACAUGACUUCCUCGGAGUCCCAGUGGUAUGAGGUUGGGCGCACGGAACGAAUAAACAAUACCCUAGAUCCAAAGUUUUCCAAAACCUUUGAGAUCGACUACUUCUUUGAGGUGGUGCAGAAAAUCCGGUUCUCUGUGUACGACAUUGACAACGCCACCUAUGACCUGGAGGAUGAUGACUUCCUCGGGUCCCUGGAGUGCACCGUGGGCCAGAUUGUGUCUUCCAGAAAGCUGACUCGACCCCUACUGAGGAGAGACAGGAAACCGGCUGGGAAGGGGACCAUCACAAUUGUUGCUGAAGAGAAGACGGACAACAGAGUGGUGAAUUUUGAGAUGGCUGCUAGGAAGCUGGAUAAAAAGGAUUUCUUCGGACUCUCGGAUCCUUUUCUGGAAAUCUACAAGCAAUCCGACACAGAUUGGCAGCUGGCUCACCGGACUGAGGUGGUGAUGAACAACCUUAGCCCCACGUGGAAACCCUUCAUGGUGCCUCUGCAGUCACUCUGUGGGGGCGACAUAGAGAGACGGAUAAAGGUGGAGUGCUAUGACUACAAUAGCAGCGGGUCCCAUGACUACAUAGGGACCUUUGAGACAAACCUUGCCCAAAUACAAGAGUCAUCCAAGUCAUACGCGGCCGAGUUUGAAUGCAUCAACAGCAAGAAGAAGCAGAAGAAGAAGAGCUAUAAAAACUCUGGGGUGAUCAUUAUCAAAAAAUGCGAGAUAGUGAGGCAGUACACGUUCUUGGAUUACAUCAUGGGAGGCUGUCAACUCAACUUUACAAUAGCCAUAGACUUCACAGGCUCCAACGGGGACCCCCGGACCCCCCAGUCCCUCCACUUCAUCGACCCCCAGGGCUACAACGAGUACCUGGCGGCCAUCUGGGCCGUGGGCUCUGUGGUCCAGGACUACGACAGCGACAAGAUGUUCCCAGCCUUUGGGUUCGGAGCACAGGUCCCCCCGUCCUGGCAGGUUUCCCAUGAAUUCCCCAUCAACUUCAACCCUGCUAAUCCCUUUUGUGCCGGCAUCGAAGGGGUGGUGUCUGCUUACCAGCAGUGUCUGCCUCAGGUUAAGCUCUACGGACCCACCAGCUUCUCUCCCAUCAUCAACCACGUGGCCUGCUUCGCUAAACAGGCCAUGCAGCAGAACACUGCCUCACAAUACUUUGUGCUGCUCAUCAUCACCGACGGCGUGAUCACGGACAUGGACCAGACGCGGAGCGCCAUCGUCAACGCCUCCCGCCUCCCCAUGUCCAUCAUCAUCAUCGGCGUGGGCGGAGCCGACUUCAGCGCCAUGGAGUUCCUGGACGGGGACGACGGCAUGCUGCGCUCCACCACAGGCGAGGCGGCCAUGCGGGACAUCGUGCAGUUCGUCCCCUUCCGUCAGUUCCAACGCGCCCCACGGGAGGCGCUGGCCAAGAGCGUCCUGGCCGAGGUCCCAGGUCAGGUGGUGGACUUCUUUCGCACCAUGAAGCUGCCACCACCGCCGCCGCCGCCGCCAGACGCGACCACGAACAACACCAUCGCCCCUGCCCCCGCCGCCCCCGACUCCCAGGCCUCAGCCCCCAGCGCUGCGUGGUGAACCUGGGGCGUCGAUGACGUCGGGUCACUAACCCAACCAGUGGAUGUCUCUGGAGAACACCCAAACCACAUAUCCUACUGGACACUUACAAGUACUGCAACAACGACAGCAUGGAAAGCCUGUCGUUAUCAUAACAUGUACUAGAACAUCAAGAGCAUGGAAAGCCUACCUGUAGUUCGUACAUGAUCUUUCAUGCGAGAAUAACCUAUUCUCCUGUCCGCCAAGAACUGCAUUUUUACUCUGCUGCCAAAUGAAGUUAUUUGAAAACGAAAGAGAAAAAAAAUGCAUGGGUCUCAGGGCUUUAUUGACUAUUAACAGUGUUUUCUCGCGAUAUGUUUAGUUAUUCAAUGACAACAUGUUUUUGCCCUCUGAAAACCGCUCAGAAUAUAUCAUCGUAAACCUACAGAGGAUCUUUUUAUGUUUAUUGAGAGUAAUCCACAUGUUUGGGCUGCAAAUCGAUUGCUUAAUUGUUUACCACAAUGUUAUUGAAUGACCAUUUCUUGUUCAAUGAUGUAUAGCCCUGCUUGAGGAACCCUUUAUAACCAGUCAUUCGGAACGGUUUCAGCCAUCACCAGAAAAAUCUGCACUUUAGCAAUGUUUACAGUGGAGAGCCAGUAACCAUUUGGUUGGUAACAUAUUGUCAUGUGCAUUCUUGUGAUUGUAAAUCCAACAAUAUUCAGGCGUUCUGCAUGUAAACAUCUUUGUACUAAUUCUACAAAUAGUUUAUAUAUUUUUGUUUCAGAGUUAUCAUUAUCUGACAUUUUGACUGUUAAACAGCUCUGACUCAAAAUAUUUAGAACAAUUAUUAAUAUGGAUUAUUAGGUUUGCCUAACUUUAAAAACUAUAACCACAUUUAGAUUGAAUUGUUUAAUAGUUAAUCUAUCAUGUAAUACAGUAAGAUGGUCCUGGAGUGACGUUAUCUUCCUUCCAAAAUGCUAACUAGCUGUAGUAAAUAAUAUUGUUUUUUUAUUAUCUAUGUCCAACAGUGUCUUAUAUCAAUAACAUGUUUUACAUUUAUGUUUCAUGUAUACAAUUCACACUCGAUGGUCUUUGAUUUCAUAUAAAUAUAUAGAGCACU